GGGACGAUGAGUCUGGAGGCUGUGCUGAGGGCUGUCAGUCCACACUUUCUCAAUCUGUCGGAGAAAUCCGUCUUCACGUACGGUCCCCAAGGUAAACUGCUACUCAGGAACCUGGAGGAGCACUGGUUCGCGCACUGCGUCACGAUGCCACGUCACAACGUCUUCCUGUGCGACACCCAACCGAUCGCAGACACGUUGCAGCUGUUGCGGAGCAAUUCGCUGGAUGAGCCACUGCCCUUCGCUCUGGCAACCCUUGCCACGAUGUCGAAGAGUACUUGGAACGAGUCCUUCUUGUCGGCUAAAGUGUCCUCUCACAGAGUCGUCAAGGUCAACGUGAUCGUCGACGGGUCCGAGGCGAAGAGUCUGCUGCACAAGAAGCAGCGAGAGCGCAAGGUUUGGUGGCGCAAACUCGCUCAGUGUCCUUCAAGGUUCGUCUUGGCUGAAGCGAGGAAGGCGAGGAACCUUGACGUGACGGUAGAGGCGCAGUUCCCCUUUGGAAACCUCACCGUGGAGACAAUCACUCAUUAUCCUGCCAUACGCAGGUUGUAUCCUCAAACUGAAAGUAGUAAAGAUAAUGCUGUGGACCUGCAUAUGAUCGAGCAUGUCGCUUCCUUGGAUUGGGGCUGCCUGGCUUUACUCUGCGACAGCCACACGUUUGACAAAUCAACUAGCAACUACAUCCAUCCCAAGUUAUCUCCGUAUAAAACCACGUUUCAUAUAGAUAAAGAGCAGAACGAGACUGAUGUAGAAGAUUUAAAUCGCUUUGUACUGUACUUAAACAAUAUGCUUAGAGCGAAGGGAAUAUCUACGAUAUUAACAAAUGCAGAACAAAUCAUAGAAAUGUGCCUGAUACCGUUCGUCGUGUCUGUAAAUAGGACUAGUCUUAAGAAUGGCAUUGUAUAUGUAAAGAAUCGCUCGACGACUCUUAAAGAAGCAGUUCACAUUUCUGAUUUGGUAAAGUAUAUCGCUCUACGUUCUUCCUGAAUCAUCAAAAUUUUCAUCUUAGAUUCUCUGAUUCUUACUGUUAGCUAAAAAUUUAGAAGACAUAUUGUUGUACUGUCAUAUAUAAUUAUAUUUAAUUAAUAUAACUAUGUUUAUUACUGAAAAUUACACAACCAUAUAAACUGUAAUUAUUAAUGAAAAUUCUGUGAUUUA